UUUACCUAUCUGUGUAAUUACAUUUAUUAUUUAAUAUUUAUCAAUUAUCAAGAACUUUUAUAGUUGCUUUAUAUUUUCAUAGAUCACGAUCAUAUUAUAUUAUUAUACGAGAAUAAACACUUGAAAGUAGUAAGGCUGAUGUCGCACUAUUUCCAUUGAAAAUUUAUAAUUAUUCAAUAUAUUGAUUCAGUAAGUAGAGAAAUUAACUGGCGGUUGGCAAAAAUAUUUGAUUGAUUUUCAAUAUGGACAAAAAUUUUGAAGAAAACCUUAAAAGAGGACGUCUGUUCAUUAAACGUCUCGAAGAAUUACAAUAUUCAUAUUUCAAUUCUCGGCCAGAAUGGAUUACCAUACAUAUGGAUGAUCUGAAAUUGUUUAUAGCAUCCUUUUAUUACGAACGCCCAUCUCCUAAUGUAAUUGAUAACAACAAAUAUAGUGAUAUGAACAAUGCAGAAAUAUUAUUUAAAUUAUAUGAUAAUGAAAUCCAAGAAACUAUUUUAAAUAUGAAAAAAAUAAUAGAAAAAAAAAUUGAACCUGAUUCUUAUGGUAACAUUAAUGUAGGUUUAACUAUGACACAUAGUAUUUGCAAAAAAAAGUGUGAUAUCUGCCAAAAUUUUCCUGAUAAAGAUAUACAUAAAUGGUUUUUACUUCGAAUAAAGUCGAUCAAUAAUGAAUGUAUUUAUAUUGAUUAUGAACACAAUAAAACAUACUGUAACUGGGAAGAAUAUUUGAAGAAGAAUAAUCUUCCUGAAGGAUUUAUGUUCUACCCUAUUUCUGGGUUGUAUGAUACAUCAAAAACAUUAUAUCAAAAUAUAACACCGGCUUCCCAAACAACCGAAAAAAUUUUAAAAGUAGCUGACAUAGCUUCAAAAAUAUCAGAUUGGUCUGGCAGUAUAAUUCUGAUAGCUAGUAGUUUUUUCCCCAUAGCAGCGCCUGUGAUCUUACCAGCCGUUGUAUUAUAUACAGGUUCUUCUGUAUAUGGAGCUGGUAGACAAAUCAAUCAACUGAUAAACAUGUACAAAUAUGACAAUAAAGUUUCAGUCGCACGAUCUUGUUAUGAAUGGAUUGAUUUGGCAAUUUCUGUAAUUGGCACUAUAGCAACACCAGCACAUUUAUUUUCUGCAAUAGCUACUGAAAUCUCAUUUAUUCAAAAAUCAAGAAGAGCUCUGACAAUUUUUCAAAAAAGUGCUUAUGUUACUCAAUGUACAUUGGAAGUCUUCCGUUUUACAUUAGAAUUAAUAGACAAUAAUUUUAAAGUAACAUUGAAAAAUGUGUUAAACCUACGUUUGGAUUUAUUCCUUAUUACUGGAAUAUUAAUGUCUUCAAGUGAUAUUAAAAAUAUUUUAAAUAUACUGUCCCAGAAUACUGUUUGGUUGCCGAUUUACAAGACUAUGGAGUCAAUUCCUUACUGCAUGGGUCGAAUACUUUGGCAGUCGGUUUACUUUAUCAAAAAUCAUUUGAAAGUGUUUGUGGAACAAGUCACAAUGUUUCUCGAGAAUAAACUCACUCCAGAGAAUCUGUUCUUUGCUUGGAAAAAUAUUCGACUCAUAUUUGACAACUAUCAGAAACAAACGACCGAGUUGGGCGUCGGCGAGUUGUUGUGGCACGUGGUGGAAAACAUCGCGGAGCAAGAGAGCGUGAAGUAUGUGUUGCGUGGCCAGCGCAUGGAAGAGCUGUUGGAAAGUCUGCGCGAGGUCACGGUGAAUAAAUCAAUCCAUCCGGCCUUGGUCAAGUAUUGCGUGGAGCGCGUCCUGCUGGAGGCGAAAAAUUUGUCCGCAAUACACAACGAUUGCGUAGCCGAACUAGCCAGGCUCGGCGAGACGAACGUUUGUGAGAUAGACAAAGAGUUUUGCACCAUGCACAAGCUAGAAAGAUGCGCCAUGGACCAGUACGCGCUGUGUGCCAUCCGCGAGAUUGGUAAGAAACCGGUCGCUCUGAUGGCCGAGUACCAGAAGCACGCGUCCCGUCCGGAAAACAUGUUCAAUGACGAAAUGGUGGUCAACGAGACUGUCGGCGAUAGUCGGUCGGUCAAGGGGUACACAUUUGUGGCGCCGUGCAGUGUGCUGGAUUUAGAAAUGUGCUUGCAGUUUGCAAAAAAAAUCAAUCCGCAGCAUAACUACAUCAAUCACGAAUUCGCACAGCCCGAAGCCGACGUGUCUGUACUAAUCAAAGUUUCCGCUUUUUCGGUCAAUAUCAUCUUCUUCGGCAUCGACCUGAUAAACGGCGUUCCGAAGAUGAACAUCUGUUUCUUCCAAGAAAAUCUUGAUUCUACCUCGUCAAUCAAAAACUGCAAGGGUUUGAAGAUGUUGCAAAAGGCUCCUUAGACACGCGUCGCCGAGCUGACAUUAUCAACGUCUUCAGAUUUUAUUGAUCUAGUGAACUGUGCUUUUACUGUCUCCUCUCAUCCAUUCAGUGGUUUUGUCGUUUUACUGGCUCCACUUAAUGAAGACUGUUAUCCAAAACAUAUUUGAAUUUUAUAAAAACUAUGUGUUGCUAAUAUCGUCUGUAAUUGUAAAAUAUUUUUUUAAUCCUAUUUUUUUUAAAUAUAUAUAUAUAUCGUUAUUA